AUGCGCUGUCAAACCGGUGGUAUUGGUGAUGCGUGUGCUCGCACCGACCCUCUCCGCAACGCGCAAUCAAACCACCCUUUCACCAUCAUUCGCGCGUCGUCAUCUUCGUCAAAGUCAUCUUCUAAAAUCAUAUCUAAACAUCAACAACAACAACAUUUUCCGUCCUCUCGGGGAAGAAGUUUUAGGAAUGGUACAGACAACAAUAACAACAACAGUACUGAUGAUAUAAGAACGAGGAUGUGUAGCCUUCGUCGGCAUUCGUACUGUCGUCGAAAUCGCGUCGUUGUUUCUUCAUCGUCGUCGUCGCUGGCGAACGAACAACCACCAGGGAGCAGGAGCAGCAGCAGCAAAAAUGUGUUCAACAGCAACGAGGCUGGCAAAGAGUGGAACACGAACCUUCGAGCGACGUGCGAAGCGAUCGUGAAAGUGAACGAGGCGGACGAUGUCACGCCAGAGCUAUCGUUGGCGAGCUACAUGCGACUGCCUGUGGAACAGUACGUGGACGUGCCGUUGCCGUUAGGCGCGAAGAUGACGAAAUAUUUCGACGAGACUAUUAGAGAAGACGAAGGCUUCUUCGAGCUCGCCAUCCCGGGAUUGAAGUUCUUCACGUUGGAGGUAAAACCAGUCGUUAGAGUGAAAGUGAGCGUGUUGACGACGGAUAACGAACAGAGAUUUGUGUGGAGUGGCAAAACGAAAGCGAACGAUGUAAAAGCAGAGGAAGAAGAGAAGAGAAGAAAGAAGAUGAAUAAAAUGUACAGACCGGAACGCGAGGAUGCGGAUAUGAGAGGACCAUGCGUUUUGAUUGAAGUCGCGAGUUGUCGAUUGGAAGGGAAGGAAGUCGAAAGUCUAGGCAUAAACGAGAUGUUCGUUAAUCGAGGGAGCACGGCGUUUCGCUGGAAAAGCAGAGGAGAUGAAUCGUGGGACUACGGUGAUUUGUUGCACUACGGCAUUGGCUCGGCAGAACACGCCGACGCGGAUGAUGUUUCGAGUAGUAAAAAAGAGGGAGAAGAAGAGGCGGAAGAAGAGGAAAAUAAAUACGCGUACAUCGAAGGUUGGACAGAAAUCGGCGUCGGUGUCGAUCCGCCUGGACCGUUCAAGAAGUUUCCGCGAAGUGUUACUCAGAGCGUCGGCGACGCCGUUCUUGGAUUCACUCUGAGGGAAAUCGAGAAAGCUUUUUUACGCGGGUUAGCGAGAGACUACGAGCGUUGGUGCUCGGACGCGGAUUAUAGACACCAAAGAGCGACGGCUUUCGAAAACGUCGGUGCUUGGACGGAGAAAGAGGAAGUUAUAGAUUUAGCGGCAAAGUAA